AUGGUUCGAGUUAAUACUUUAUUAUUGGUUUAUGCGGGAUUUCUAUAUCAUAUAAAGAUUGUGUCUUCAAUUGUCUUAGAUCUAAAUGACAUCGUCAAUUCAGGUCUCAAGAUACAUGAAGAUUCCCAAGAUGGAAUAGUUACCACAAAAAUAUACUCUACACCAGAAAAAAAGAUAACUAAAAUACUUAAUGGUAAAGCAUUAGUUUGGAUGGCAUUACCAGGUGAAUAUGUUAAAUGUAUUAAUAUCUUUAUAUUUCAAUGGUCCGGUAAAGAACUUAUAAACAUCGAAAUUGAAAAUCCAAGAAAAACUUAUAAUGCAUAUUUUUUCAUGCAUAGGGGAUAUUACAAACUCAUAGAUAGGGGAGGAUUUGAAAAUUUUUUCCUACAAUAUAGUAAUUUUGUCUCAAAAAUCUCUGAAAAAAUUGUAAAGAGUAGAUCAUUAAAACGUAAAUUUCCAUUUGAAAUCGAUGGCAGAGAAGAACCUACUAAAAAGAAGAUACAAUCUCAACUUUCCGGAACAACUAUACACUCGGAACAGGAACAGAUAGACAAUAAAAAACAAUUAGAACCAGAAACUAUUACAGUGGAAAUUGGAUCAGAUGAUGAAGAAAUUGAUGAAUCUAAUGUAUCAAAACCUAAAGAAACACAAACAGAUUUUCCAACUAAAGAAAGCUCGAUCCAAACAGAUAUUCAACAAACACAAGAUAUUGAAACUCAAACACUUGUACCAACUGGUUCAACUGAGACCCAAACAGAUAUUCAACAAACACAAGAUAUUGAAACUCAAACACUUGUACCAACUGGUUCAACUGAGACCCAAACAGAUAUUCAACAAACACAAGAUAUUGGAAUUCAAACGAAAUUAAGGACCAAAUAUCCUAAAAAAAAGACUACAAAAACUAGUUCAGUUGAGACACAGACAGAAAUAAUCAUGCCUAUGGAUGAUCAGUUUGUUGAUGACGUUGAAGAUGGAGAAAUUAUUGAAGUUUUAAUAGGAUCGGAUGGUGAAUAUGUGGAAAAUUAUGAUUGGGAAGAUGAAUACAAUUCAGACAUUCAAUUUGAAAUUUCAUCAGAUAGUGAUAUGGAUGUUGAUGAGUCUACAGAUUCUCAAGUUAUACAUUCUGAUGCGAUUACUCAAACUGACACAGAUAUAGAUAAAAAAACUCGUUCAUCUCUUCCACUUAAGAAAAGACCAUAUAAACAAGAUUAA